AUGAGGAACAUUCCAUCAACCCCAGAGCUCCAAAAAUUCUCGAGUGGAGGCAAAUACCCUAACUAUCUUGUAAGGUCAUGGGCGUCCAGUCUUGGGUCAGUGACACAGGGUCACAAGGCAUUAAAAUCCAACUACCGCAGCAAAUGGCUUGAGAGGCUGAACCGUGUUGAGCUCUUGCAGAAUGUAGAGGUACAACAGACUCUGAGGAAUACGAUGAGGAUAUUAAAAGUUACUGACGACAUUUUACAAGAUUCAGACAGUGCUUAUGAGUUUGCAGAGAAAAGACGAGUACAGAGGUGCCAUGAAACUGUGUGCAAGAUAAGAGAAAGAGAAUUGAAUAAGAGAGCUACGAAGCCUUUGAAGAAAUGUAAGGAUAAUCCAGAAAACACGAUUUCCACUGAAAAACGUACUAAAGUCAAGAAAAUCAAACAUGAUAAAACAUCAGAUGGUAAUAUGACACAAUUACGAGAGAGCAAUAAAGCACACACCUCAAGCUUUAACUUUGAUCACAACAGUAAUUCAUACAGCUUUGAACAAAAUGCUGAUUCCAAUGGAAUGAAUGACUACAGCUUUGACAAUGCUAGUAUUGAUGAACUUUUUUCUGGACUUUUCUCCAGUGGAAGCAAGUUGAGUUCGGUGGAAGCUUCCAAGAAGAGGGUUUCUUUACCAGCAAUUCUUGAAGGUGGGCAUGAUCAAGACAAAAAUGACAAUAGUGCUGAAUUUCCAGGAAAAAAAAUACGUGGUCAUUUACCAUCACUUCCAUCUUUAGAUGCUCAAAGUAAGUUUAGCAUCAUAAAGAGAGUACAAGAGAUCAGGCAAGAGCGUCGUGCAGACAAUAAGAGAGAAAAACUGUCGUCAUUACCUUCACAGGUAAAAAGGAAGUACUCCAAAGCAAGAAAAGAGUCUUUGCAAAACAUGAACAGUCGCAAGAUUGAAAUUUUUGCUGAUAACAGCAAAAUCCUAAGCAAUGAACAGAAAACUAUUGUUGAAAGCUCACCAGUUACAUUACCAUUGCUAGACAGCAAAUCAUUUGCUGAAAUUGAUUGUAAUGAUUAUCUGAAUCUAAAGAACCGGCUUGAUGGACUGUCACCAGAGAAAGCUGUUUUAGAUCACAAAACAUAUUGGCCAGCUUCUAGUUAA